AUGUUUUCAGAGAAGUCCAAUCUUUACACACAUUCAGAGAUCUCACACAGGGAGAAGCCAUAUUCCUGUCCGAGUGCGGGAAGAAUAUUUUUCAACAAAGACCCAUCUGUGCACACAUCAGAGAUCUCACACACGGCGGAGAAGCCGUAUUCCUCGUUCAUGAGUGUGGAAAUGUUUUUUUACUGA